CUCAAUGGCUACAUUUACUAGAAUCAGCUACAUUUGGGGUGUUUUUACUCUAUUGGCUCUACUUUGUGAAGCUAAGGGUCCCCAUCUUAGAGGCUUUGUUACAAUAAAAAAUACCCACUUUGUCGUGAAUGGCUCUCCCUUUCUUUUCAAUGGCUUCAAUUCCUAUUGGAUGAUGCAUGUUGCAUCUGAUCCAAAUGAACGGCACAAGAUCACUGAUGUGUUCCGCGAAGCGGCCACUGCGGGCCUCACCGUAUGCCGGACGUGGGCCUUCAGCGAUGGAGGUGAUCGAGCUCUACAGAUGUCGCCUGGGGUCUACGAUGAAUAUAUUUUCCAGGCACUAGAUUUUGUCAUUUCAGAGGCCCGAAAAUACGGUAUACAUCUUAUUUUGAGCUUUGUGAAUAAUUUCAAUGACUAUGGAGGAAGGCCACAGUAUGUACAGUGGGCCAAAAAUGCAGGUGCACCGAUCCACGGUGACGAUGAUUUUUAUACGAAUCCAGUGGUGAAGAAUUACUACAAGAAUCAUGUUAAGAGGGUUCUAACUAGGUUCAACACCAUAACUAGAACAUUGUACAAAGAUGACCCCACGAUCAUGGCAUGGGAGCUCAUGAACGAACCGCGUUGCCAAGUGGACUACUCGGGAAGAACAGUGCAUGAAUGGGUGGAAGAGAUGGCCAAAUAUACAAAGUCUCUAGACAGGAAACACUUGCUUGAGAUUGGGAUGGAAGGUUUCUAUGGGGAUUCAAUGCCAGAGAAGAAGAUAAACAAUCCUGGAUAUCAAGUUGGGACCGAUUUUAUAAGAAGUAAUCUCAUUAGAGAGAUUGAUUUUGCUACAAUACAUGCAUAUCCUGAUAUAUGGCUAUCAGGACAAAGCGAUGGCUCACAAUUGGCAUUCUUGCAACGGUGGAUGGCAAGUCAUUGGAGGGACUCGAAGAGUAUACUAAAGAAGCCACUAGUUUUCGCUGAGUUUGGCAAAUCGAAGAAAGACCCUAGCUUUACCAUAAAUGGUAGGAAUGCAUUCCUUAGCAUCAUUUAUCAGAACAUAUACAACUUUGCCCGCAGCGGAGGAACCAUCGCAGGUGGCUUAGUUUGGCAAAUCAUGGCAGAGGGGAUGGAUCCAUACCAUGAUGGUUAUGAGAUUGUCCCUUCCUGGGAUCCCGGCACAAAUGCAGUUAUUACAAGACAGUCCCACAAAAUGUCAACUCUUGCCCAUAUAGUAAGUAGACCACACAAUCAUCUGUGGACUAGGCCUCAUGGUGUGAAACAUGGUCAUAAGGUGAGCAAGACCCAUGGUCACACACAUGAUCAUGCACUACAUGGGCCACACCAUCAUUCGUUGAGCGGGCCACAUGGUCAUUCUUCGAGGAGACCGCAUGGUGGAACACAUGGUCAUUCAUUGAGAAGGCAUCACAAGGCGAGGAGGAUGGCACCUUAGGGUUUUAGGGUUUAGCGUUUAGGGUUAUUAUACCAUGCGUCUUUAUUAAUAUGUUUUAAACUUCAAGUGAGAAAGAUGGUUUCUUAGGGUUUAGGGUUCUGGAUUUUUGUGAUAGAUGAUUUUACGAAUUUUCUUGAAAUUGGAAUGCAUUGUAUUAAAUCUUUUAGCAAGUAUCAAUAAAUUGUGAU